GGUUCUAGUUCUGAGAAUCUCAGAUGAGUUCUUUUGGAGGCCUAGUGUAUAUUCUUUUAAGCUUUCCGUUUUUGUUCCUUCUCUUAGCUCUGAUCAAGAUCUUUCACAAACUAUGGUGGGAGCCGACUCGUAUUCAGAAGCUGAUGACUGUACAAGGAAUCAAAGGUCCUUCUUACAGAUUUAUCCAUGGAAAUUCCAAAGAAAUCUCCAGCAUGCAAAAGGAAGCCAUGAGCAGACCCAAAAGUUUGUCACAUGAUAUAUUUUCUUAUGUUCAACCUCAUAUCUACUUAUGGAGCAGAUCAUAUGGGAAGAAUUUUCUUCAAUGGCAUGGUUCUCGAGCCCAGUUGGUCAUUACAGAUCCUGAGCUGUGCAAAGAGGUACUAAAUAACAAAGAUAGAACUUUUGUGAAAACCGAUAUCGCAGAAUAUAUGAAGAAGUUACUGGGAGAUGGACUUGUAACAACUGAAAGUGAAAAAUGGGGGAGAGUGCGAAAGCUGGCCAACUCUGCCUUCCAUGGAGAGAGCUUAAAGUGUCUGGUUCCCGCAACUAUAGCUAGUGCUGAGUUGAUGUUAGAGAGGUGGAAAAAUCAUGAAGGGAAAGAAAUUGAGAUAUUUGAAGAAUUCAGGUUGUUGACAUCAGAAGUGAUUUCCAGAACAGCAUUUGGCAGCAGCUACUUAGAAGGGAAGAGUAUUUUUGACAAGAUGAUGAAGUUAGCCAUCUUAACAUUCAAAAAUGCUUUCAACACUAAGAUUCCUAUGAUCAGUAACCUUUUCAAAACCAGUGAUGAUAUUGAAGCAGAGAAUCUUGAGAAAGGAGUACGCAACUCCAUAUUAGAGAUUGUCAAAGAAAGAGAACAGAAAGCAAUGACUAAGAGUGGGGAAGAAAAAAGUUUUGGGAGUGAUUUUCUUGGAUUACUUUUGAAGGCUCAUCAUGAUGUUGAUAUAAACCAGAGGAUCACAGUGGAUGACCUGAUUGAUGAGUGCAAGACGUUUUACUUUGCUGGGCAAGAAACCACCAACAGUUUGCUAGCCUGGACUAUGUUUCUUCUAGCACUUCAUACAGAUUGGCAAGAGAAAGCAAGGAAAGAAGUCCUGCACCUAUUUGGCAAACAAACUCCAAACCUUGACGGCAUUUCCAAAUUAAAAACGAUGGGUAUGAUCAUCAAUGAGUCUCUAAGGUUAUAUCCUCCUGUUGUGUCCAUUGAAAGGAAAGUAGCAAGAGAAGUUAGACUUGGAGAACUCCUUGUUCCAGCUGAUCUUGAAAUCUAUAUUCCAGCUUUGGCCCUUCAGCAUGAGCCUCAGUUUUGGGGACAAGAUUUGGACUUGUUCAAACCAGAGAUAUUCUCAGAAGGGGUUGCAAAAGCUACCAACAAUAGCAUGGCCAUAUUCUUACCCUUUGGAAUGGGGCCUAGAAUGUGUGUGGGAAACAACUUUGCAACCACUGAAGCCAAGAUUGCUCUGGCAAUGAUUCUACAACACCACACCUUCACACUUUCUCCGAAUUAUGUUCACUCACCCUUUCGGCUUCUUACAGUUCGGCCACAACAUGGAAUUCAAGUAAAGCUACACUCAUUAUGAGCUCUGAAGACAAAAAAUGUGAAUCUAUCAGCGGCGGCAAAGUAAGAUCAUGUGCUCAAGUCCUACAAAAGGAGGUGGAGGUGGGAGCUGGGCCAAAAGCUAUGACUUUGUGUUUGGGGCUUUCGGGCUGUUGCUUGGUUCACUCUUCGGGCGUGAUUUUUCUUCAAUCAGUAUUAGUAACAACAUCUGUAACUUUGUGUGUGAUAUUCUCCUAUCUAUAUCUGGAAGCAGGAUUAAAAUGAA